AUGAGUGCCCGGCGGGGAAUAUUUUUUAAUUCAAAAGCGCGUACUAAUGAGAAAAUAAAUCAAUUAACAACAACGACAGCAACAUCAAAUGAAGAUCCAAUCAGUAAAACAAAUCAAACGGGAACAGUAAAGAAAAAGAUUAUCCUAAAUCACGCAAAAAGAGCGAUGAAUAAAACAAUUUAUUCUGGACCAAGAAAAAUUUUCAGUACAAAUUAUAAAGCGAAUCGAACACAGUUAAACCAUAAAGCUUUUUUCGGUGGCGAUACUGACGAAUACGAUAUAGAUAAUAAUCAAAAGACGACAAUGAAUACUCUUCAUUCGAAAACCAUAAUUCACAAUAGUACAACAAGAACCAAUUCACAACAGAUACCUACAGUAGUAUCAAAUUUUCGACAGCCAACAACAUGUGCAGAACUUGACGAAACGCAAAGUUAUAUUGACGAUAUGGAAUAUUUAUUAGCAGGAUUUCAACCGGGAAAAGUACUCGGAGAUCGUUGUCUCAGUGCAAUUAAAUUCGCUGAAUUGUGUACUAAAGAAUCAUUUCGUAUGCAUAUAAGAACAGAAAAUGCACUGGAACGAAUAUUUAAUUUACUGAAAGAUGCACCAGAUAUACCGAGUUUGAAUAUAUGCACAGCAUUUGUUUUAUAUAUACUUUCAUCAGAUACGUUAGCAUCAGAAAUGAAUCCCGAUAUUAUACAUUUAAUGUUGGAUUUAAUCAAAAAAAGUGCAUCAAUAAAUAUCGAUGAUCAUGAAUAUAAGAAAACGAAAAAACGAAUACUAGAAAUAAACAGCAACUCAUUGUCAAAGGAUAUAUUUUAUGAGCAAAAAUUUAAUGCACGUGACAUUAUUCUUGAAACAUUUGUUAAUAUUGCUCGUAAUAAUUUAAAAGAAUCACUAGUUGACGUAAUACGUACAUCACGUGGUUUUGAUUUGAUGAUCGACGAAGUGUAUAAUAAAGUGCAAGAUCUAUCGAAUUAUAAUAUUGAAAGUCCUCCAUUAUCACAUGGCUAUAGAAAAGUGUGUCGAUAUAUUAAUAUGUUAGAAGAAUUUUCCAAUGAAAACUCCGAACAAUUAUCUAGAUCACAUUCUGAUGUUAAUCGAAUGUACAUCGCUCAAUAUAAGCAAUAUUCUAUGUUUCAUUCCUUAUCAAAAUUACUCGACCUUUCAAUUGUUUGGCUGCAAAAAGAUUUACCGGUCAAUGAAAGUAGUACUACAGAAAAGAAUUCAAAUAUACAUCAUGUAUUUCGAGAUGGAUGCAAGACCAUUAUGUCUAUACUUGUUAUUGUUACGAGCGAUUGCGAAAUUAUUUGUGAUCGUUUAACAACCGAUGAUCGAUUUUUUUCAAAUUUAUUUCGUCUUCUUGUUACCAUUGAAAAAAGUUCAUUCAGCAAUGAAGAUAAAUUCGAUACACUCGCAUUGACGCUUAAUUUAUUAAUUAAUCUCGUGCAAAAUACAAAAGACGUCUAUAAACAUUUAAUGCAGCAAAAUAUGCCUGGUGGAAGUUCACUGAAAAUCUACGAAUAUCUUGGCAAACUAUUUUGCGAACAAGAAUCAUCAGCGGCCCGAGCUGAAUCUCACGAAGAAAAUGAUUGGAUGAUGGAAGAUGUGGAUGAUAAAGAGUUCGAUGAACAAUCCGAUACGGUCCCAACAAAUGAAAGUGGAGCAACUUUUAAUCGAGCCUUGCAAAAAGCGGCUGGUCACAUGGAAAAUACGUUUGUUGCAGCAUUUUCUGGUGUGAUCCUAGCUGUUAUUUUACUACGAGAUCAAGCAACAUAUGUAUCACAAAUACGAGAAUUAAUGCCACAGAAAAAGUUCGAUACGAUGGCAUUUAUACUAAAGAAAUUUUUUGUAUUUAUGCAGAUGUCGCAUGCGUUUACCCCAUCGGGUGUAAAAAUUCUCGAAGAAAUCAUUUCAAUGGUCUUGUCAUUAUGUGGAUAA